AGGGGAAUGGGCAGUCAGGAAGUUGGGGAGGAGGAGGCCUAGGAUGGAAUGGCUGUCUCAUUCCUUUGGAUAGGGUAAGGGUAACUCAGGAAUGCAUGAGAGAGAGAGAGAGAGAGAACAGAAAAGAUAUACCCUGUGUCUUCCUCUUACAGAAAGAAAAGUAAUAGACUUCUCCUUUGUCGUCUGUUUAUUUCUUAUUCCCGUUCCAACAGAAAGGUCCUGACAGCUGUCUCCUGCCUUCUUGUCUCUACUGCCCCUUCCUUCUUCUUGGUCCCAUCCUCUCUUCUCUCUCUUCAUUCUUCCUUACCUGUUCCCCACUUCCUUUUAAAACCAGACAGCUUGGCCCUAGAAAUCAGCCUCUGGGAUAGAGGUCAGCGUAAGUGACACCUGAUGGAGUAUAGGCUGUUCCAGACUGGACAGCAGGGACAUAAAUUCUCCCCAGGACAUAAUCUCAUCCGUGUGUGUUGCCCAGGCCCUUUCCCCAAGUCCCUACAUCCCUUGGGGCUCUGUCCCACCAAAAAGGGAAAACAUAAUUCCAUCUGUGUUGUCCAGGCCCUUUCCCCGAGAGUCUUUACUUCUCUUGGGGCUCUGUCCCAUCAAAAAGGGAAAGAGACAGCUGAGAGCUGGUGGUGGGAUUUGGGAAAAGGAUGUGUCAUCCACUGGCUCAGUGCCUAUAAUGCAUCUGGCUGCUAGAGAUUCCCUUCCCCUGGGCAAGUCCCUCCUAUUUUUUUUUUUCCUGUCUUUUUUUAAGGGAAGCAAUGAUACAUCUAUCCAUCUGAAUCCCACUGACUGAGCUUCUGCUGAGUGGCUUACAGAACAGCCAAUCACACACAGAGGGAGGCUCUGGAUGCUUAAAAGAGCUGGCGGGGAGAGAGGCUGGGGAGAACCGGGGGAGACCCACUGAUACACAGAAAGGAAAGAGACGGAGAAGGAGAGAGACAGAGACAAAGAGACAGCAAAAGGAGGCAGAGACAGAGCAGGCACUGAGACAGAGCCACACAGCUGGGCAGAGGGAGAAGCCAGAGAAGCUGAAGAAGACACAGACAGGGAGAGACAAAGACCCAGGAGAGAAGGGCACAGGAGGAAGUUUUGGAGGAGAGGGGUCCCUAGGCACUUUUCCUGAGCCCAGGGGCUAUUUUCUUCGUUUCCUCUGAACGUCUCUAGCCCCUCUAAAAACUUCGCCUCAGAUUUUGGCACAAGUCCGAGCCCCUCCGGCUUUAACGAGGAGCUUUCCACAGUUAGGGUGUGGAGGAUUUGGUGCCUCAGAUGGCCUCAACCCAUCCCAGCUGCAGCACCGGUACCAUGUCCCAGAUGGGCUUGCAUCCCGGGAGGGGCUUGACUGGUCACUGGCUGCGAAGAGUCCAACUCUGCUCGCAGCUUCACACUGUGCCUGUGCCUUUCUCUGGUCUGGUGUGGUGGCGGCUGCUGCUGCUGCUGCUGGCUUCCCUCCUGCCCUUUGCCUGGUCAGCCCACCCCCUCCCCCGGGAGGAGGAAAUCGUGUUUCCAGAGAAGCUCAAUGGCAGCAUCUUGCCUGGCUCCGGUACCCCUGCCAGGCUACUGUGCCGCUUGCCAGCCUUUGGGGAGAUGCUACUCCUGGAACUAGAGCAGGACCCUGGGGUGCAGGUAGAGGGGCUGACGGUGCAGUACCUGGGCCAGGCACCUGAGAUGCUGGGUGGGGCAGAGCCAGGUACCUACCUGACUGGCACUAUCAACGGAGAUCCGGAGUCGGUGGCAUCUCUGCACUGGGACGGGGGAGCCCUACUAGGGGUGUUGCAGUACCGGGGGGCUGAACUCCACCUCCAACCUCUGGAGGGAGGCACCCUUAAUUCUGCUGGGGGACCAGGGGCUCACAUUCUCCGCCGGAAGAGUCCUGCCAGCAGCCAAGGUCCCAUGUGCAACGUCAAGGCUCCUUCUGGGAGCCCCAAUCCCAUUCCCCGAAGAACCAAGCGCUUUGCUUCUCUGAGUAGAUUUGUGGAGACACUGGUAGUGGCCGACGACAAGAUGGCGGCAUUUCAUGGUACAGGGUUAAAGCGCUACCUGCUGACUGUUAUGGCAGCGGCAGCCAAGGCCUUUAAGCACCCAAGCAUCCGAAACCCUGUCAGCUUGGUGGUGACUCGACUAGUGAUCCUGGGGUCAGGCCAGGAAGGGCCCCAAGUGGAGCCAAGUGCGGCCCAGACCCUGCGUAGCUUCUGCGCCUGGCAGCGGGGCCUCAACACCCCUGAGGACUCGGAUCCUGACCAUUUUGACACAGCCAUUCUGUUCACCCGUCAGGACCUGUGCGGGGUCUCUACUUGUGACACUCUGGGUAUGGCUGAUGUGGGCACAGUGUGUGAUCCGGCACGGAGCUGUGCCAUUGUGGAGGAUGAUGGACUCCAGUCAGCCUUCACUGCUGCUCAUGAACUGGGCCAUGUCUUCAACAUGCUCCACGAUAACUCCAAGCCAUGUGUUAAUCUGAAUGGGCAUGGGGGCUCCUCGCGCCAUGUCAUGGCUCCUGUCAUGGCUCACGUGGAUCCUGAGGAGCCUUGGUCCCCGUGCAGUGCCCGCUUCAUCACGGACUUCCUGGACAAUGGCUAUGGGCACUGUCUCUUAGACAAACCAGAGGCUCCCCUGCAUCUGCCAGUGACUUUUCCUGGCAAGGACUAUGAUGCUGACCGCCAGUGCCAACUGACCUUUGGGCCUGACUCACACCAUUGUCCACAGCUUCCACCACCCUGUGCUGCCCUCUGGUGCUCCGGCCACCUCAAUGGCCAUGCUAUGUGCCAGACGAAGCACUCACCCUGGGCUGAUGGUACUCCCUGCGGACCCACACAGGCCUGCAUGGGCGGCCGCUGUCUUCACGUGGACCAGCUCAAGGACUUCAAUAUUCCACAGGCUGGAGGCUGGGGUCCCUGGGGACCGUGGGGUGACUGCUCCAGGAGCUGUGGGGGUGGUGUCCAGUUCUCCUCCCGGGACUGCACAAGGCCCGUCCCCCGGAAUGGUGGCAAGUACUGCGAGGGUCGCCGUACCCGCUUCCGCUCCUGCAAUACUGAGAACUGCCCGAGUGGUUCAGCACUGACCUACCGUGAGGAGCAGUGUGCUGCCUACAACCACAGGACUGACCUCUUCAAGAGCUUUCCAGGACCCAUGGACUGGGUCCCACGCUACACAGGUGUAGCCCCUCGAGACCAGUGCAAACUCACCUGCCAGGCCCGGGCACUGGGUUACUACUAUGUAUUGGAGCCACGGGUGGCAGAUGGAACUCCCUGUUCCCCAGACAGUUCCUCAGUCUGUGUCCAGGGGCGCUGUAUUCAUGCUGGCUGUGACCGGAUUAUUGGCUCCAAAAAGAAGUUUGACAAGUGCAUGGUGUGCGGUGGGAAUGGUUCUAGCUGCAGCAAACAAUCGGGCUCCUUCAAAAAAUUCAGGUACGGAUACAGCGAUGUGGUCACUAUUCCUGCUGGGGCUACCCAUAUCCUUGUACGGCAGCAGGGCGGUUCUGGCCCCAGGAGCAUCUACCUGGCCCUGAAGCUUCUAGAUGGUUCCUACGCCCUCAAUGGCGAAUACACGCUGAUGCCCUCCCCCACAGAUGUGGUACUUCCUGGGGCAGUCAGCUUGCGCUAUAGCGGAGCCACAGCAGCCUCAGAGACACUGUCAGGACAUGGGCCACUGACCCAGCCCUUGACGCUGCAAGUCUUGGUGGCGGGCAAUCCCCAGAAUGCACGUCUGCGGUACAGCUUCUUCGUUCCACGGCCAGUCCCUUCAACACCACGCCCUCCUCCCCAAGACUGGCUGCAUCGCCGGGCACAGAUUCUGCAGAUCCUUCGGAAGCGACCCUGGGCCGGCAGGAAAUAACCUCACUGUCCCGGCUGCCCUUUUGGGGUGCCGGGCCUCGGACUCAUCUGAGAGAAUGAGGGGGGUUUCUGCAGCUGCCUCAUGCUCAAACACAGAAGUGCUGUAGAGGGUGAGAUCUGCCCCGCCUCUGUGCCCUAAACUGCAGGCUGGCCCUGCCCUGGCUUCCUGCCCUGGGAGGCAGUGAUAUAUAGAUGAAUGGAAAGGGGCUAGGAGACAGGCCCCUAUCUAAACUGCCCCCUCUGCCCUGCGGGUCACAGGAGGGAGAGGGGAAGGCAGGAUGACUCCUGGAUCCCAGUUGUAUUUAUUUAGUAUUUAUUCACUUUUAUUUAGCACCAGGGAAGGGGACUAGGGCCUUGGGGAAACUCAACCCUUAUAGCCCCACCCUAGUUAUGAAAUCCAGGGUGGUGGUGACAAAUAUAAGUGGUGUGUGUGUGUGUGUGUGUGUGUGUGUGUGUGUGUGUAUGAGGUACAACCUGCCCUGCUUUCCUCUCCCUGUUUUUGUUUUGUUUUGUUUUGUUUUGUUUUGGGGGGGGGGGGGGUGGAAGACCGGGAAAGGGAGAGCCAAAGGUAGCAUUGGCCUUCAGUGAGUGAGGGAUUAUCAUAUUUUUAAUGUACAUAUUGAAGUCUGCUAUUUAUAUGCUCCUUUUGGGGUUAGACAAAUGUGGGUUGCACCUUGGCUCCACAUCUUUGAGCGUUUGUUUUCUUGUUUGCCAAUAAUAAUCCCUCCCUUAGAAAUGUGUUAUAAGGGUUAAGUAAUGUAAAUAAAGAGCUAGCAUAAUGCCUCACCCUCAAUGGGUGCUCACCAAUUCCAGCUGCUGUUACUGUCACCCUUGUCUGUGCACACUCACCCUCCAUGGAGGGUCUGCAAGGCACUUAAAGCCAACGGGAUCCAUGUCACUUCUGCCCAUCUUUAUCCCCAGGCUCUGCUUGGUAAUGCUCUACUUAAGACUGGGAGAGAGGUCGAAAAAACCCAUCCUGUCCAUUGCUUCUGUAGACACACAGUCACCUGAAGCAGACACAAUAAACACUUGGCAACUACAGCCAGCAAGAACAUGAAGAUACAAAACCCAAAUCGGCCCAAGUCACUCCACACAAACAAGUGCUGGGAUGAGACUAGAGCGAUCAUGUAAGCGUGAUGGUUGAAGGAAGGGAUGUUGCAGUAGCCUCUUGGUACUCCAGGAGUUGAUGUAUCUGAAUUAGAGCUAGGAUUCAGCAUCUUUUUACCUGGGUGAUGUUGGGCAAGUCACUCACACAUGACCUUGGAUGGUAAGUAUAUGGAAGCGGGUCAAUAGUAACUGCUCCCACAGCAUUGUGCUCAAGGAUUUUCAAACAGUAACAUGAGAGGUGACCUUUGUGAUGACUAGCUGGGACAGUGACACCAGAAUCAAUCAGUGUAAACCCAAUGGACUUCUUGGAAGAUGUGAGGUUAGAAUGGAAUUCAAUGAGAGGAACAGGAUGUGGUUUGGUACGCAGUAGACAGCAAAGCAAGGGGGGGGGGAAGGCAUGGAGAAGAUACUAAGAAGAGUGGAGCCAUCUGUUCAGUGGUGGCAGAAUGUGAGGAGCAGCAUUGUGCUGGAUCUUCUUUCCUUGAGGAAUAACCUGGUCAGUCUUGGGUGUGUUACGGAUGGGACAGGGGUGGACAAAGGUGUCAUGGAGAACUUUGAAUGUUAAGUGGCACAUGCAGAACUGCUAGGGAUUGGAGAAGAAACUGAAUACUGAGGUGGGAAGGAGCUGUGGGUAAAGAAGACCCUGAGGUCAGGGUAGACCGUGGAGAAACCAAAGGCAUCUAGCUCUGCCAUACCACCUUCAGUGGGAACUGCCAGAUACGACUUGAGAUGCAGGGCAGGGGCUCUGAGGUUAAGAGGCAAGCACAGAGGUUGUGGCUGUAUGUCUGUACUCUAUUUAGUGGAGCUAUGUUGUGGAAUGCUAUGGAUUCUGCUCAUUGUUAAUAAUAAAGCUGAUUAGCCAAUAGCAGGGCAGAAAGAGAUUGGGCAAGACAGCCUGACAUAGGGAGAAUGCCGGGAGAGAAGGGUGGAGUCAAGACAGUUGCAGGAGAUACCAACAAGCCACCCAAGAAGCAAAAUGCUAGAGGAGAGGUAAAGCCACACGCUACAUGACAAUACAUAGAUGGAUAGAAAUGGGUUAAUUUAAAUGUAAGAGCUAGUUAAUAAUAAGC